AUGGGCUCAUAAAUUACAACCUAUUCGAUAGUAGACGAUCUUGACUAAAUUAGGUAAUAUCGGAAAGACUUGUCAAACAAGAUGACUUUUAGUGCUUCGAGGAUGGUAAAUCUUGAUUCACACUACAGACAUUCUAUCAUUGACUCAAUACUUAGGUCUAAACCUAGUCUGAAUCUCAAUAAUCAUCAUCAACUUCACAGUAAUGAUGUUGGAGGUGAUAUCAAUAAUGAAGGAGGAACUUAAAUAAUGAUAGAGAGCUCAAGUGAUAAAGUAUUGCCUAAUGGCUUAUCAAGUCUAACUAAGUACCAUAAUCUUAGGGAAACAUCUGACUAAAUAGGGAUUCACAAUCAUUAGAAUGCCCAUACCACCAUAUCAAAAGAUAGAGGAGCAGAUUAAUUUGAUUAAAAAAAGGAUAUUGAGCUAAUAAAAGAGCUAGUUAAUUACAGAGAACCUUAUGGAGGUAAUUAAACCAUUCAUUUCGCAGUUGUAAAUGGGAAUAAAAGAGUUAUAGACAUUAUACUUCAUAAGUUUCAUGCUGAUCCUCACGCUUUAACUUUAUAAGGACUAAAUGUAAUGCAUUGUGCUGCUUAAAGCGACAGAGGAGUCCUAUCGUUAUAUUACUUCAAUUCAAUUCAUGGAUAGUUUAAAAGUGUUGAAAGCUUGCUAGGAAUGGGAUCUGAUCCAAAUAAUAAGAUAAAUGGUGGAUAAACAUGUUUGCAUCUUGCUGUUACUAAGUUUGUAGAAGAGAUGAUUAAGGCUAAACUCCUUUGGAUAUAUUAAAGAAUAACCGAGAGAAACUUGAUGAAUAAAAAUACAUAAAUAUGGCAAGUAUUUUGGUAAGAUAUGCUUUUCUAAACAUAAUCUAUAGAUAAUGUUAGAUUAUUUUACAGUUUUGGCUUUGCAAGCAUUUUCUUCUUUAUUUUUUCAAUUGUUUUCUACAUCACAAGUAAUUGUAUGGAUCCUGGUUUCGCUCGACAAAAGUAUCCAAUCAUUGACAUCCUAUAAAUAGCUAAUGAUAAAAAUAUAGACCUCGAAAACUUUUGCUUCUACUGUAAGAUAAUUAAAUCCAAUAGAACCUUUCAUUGUAUGUUCUGUAAUAGCUGUGUCGAUAAAUUUGACCAUCAUUGUGCCUAUAUUAAUAACUGCUUGGGUUAUAGGAAUCAUAAGUACUUCCUACUAUUUUUACUCAGCAUCUUUUUAUACUUUAUAACCUCUAUGACUGUCUGCAUUGCUGGAAUAGUUAUGUAUGGCUCAUUUGAGUUUUCAAAUUUAGGCGUCUAUAUGUGGAUCAUUAGAAUCUAUACAAUUACUAUAAAUUUACUACAGUUUAUACCAUUAGGGUAUCAGCUUUAUGAGUAAACUAGAAAGAUUUUUAGAGUGGAGAUUGAUGAUGAGGAAACAAGAACUCUAUCAAAAACUGAUAGGGCUAGUGUGCUUACUGCCAACAACAUCCAUAGAAGAACUAAUAUAGAAUUAUAAAAUAGUUAAAAUGCUUCUCAAAACCAAAUGAGCAGCAAUCCAAACAGCAAUCAAAAUAUUAAUUUCUAAUAAAUGCUAUUGAGUAGAUCGAAUGAUAUUGUAAUUGAAAAAAGGAGUAUAUGCUAAAAUAUACGUAUGAUAUUUAGAUAUGAACCAGCAACUCAAGAAUAAUUAAGAGUGUUUUUGCUAUCUAACUCUGAAAGAUUUUCCACUUUCAUUCUUAAGUAAAAGGACCAAUAAAAAUAGCUUGAGUAAAGAAGAUAUUCAAGCAUCUAGGAAUAAUGA